AAUUUCUAAAUUUCUUCCGGCUUUAUAAGUUUACAUUCUGUCAAGCAGCUCAUAGAGGAACUAACCAUACUUUACUGCUUAUAUGAGUCAAACUGUAGUAUUCCCAAAUUGAUUUUUCUUUCAAGUAUGUGUUUCAUUAUUCUUAGUGCAUCCAUUGCUUUGGCUGUCUUUGUUAUUAAAUAUAUUUCAAAGUAUUUUUCUAAGAAAUCUUGGAAAGAAGAUCUUGGUUAUGAUAAAGGAUGGUUUGGAAAGGAAGAACCACUUCUUGAUGAUAGUGAGGAUGAAGCCAUACACAGCUUUAAAAUAAAUGUCUCGGAUGACGUCUUGAACGACUUGAAGCGUCGUUUAGAAAAUCCAAGGUAUGAAACGCCCGUUAAAGACUCAAACUUCCGCUAUGGCUUCAAUCCAGAUUACAUGAAGGAAGUUGUGGAAUACUGGAAGACGCAAUAUGAUUGGAGGAAACAAGAAAAGGAGCUCAACAAAUUCUCACAUUUCAAGACCAGAAUUGAAGGACUGGAUAUACACUUUAUGCAUAUUAAACCAAAUCUACCAGAAGGUUCUAAGAUUAAAAUUGUACCUUUGAUGAUUAUUCAUGGUUGGCCAGGAUGUUUUAUGGAAUUCAUGAAAGUAUCUCCUCUUUUAACCACACCACGUCCAGGUUGUCCAUUUGUAUUUGAAGUUAUCUGUCCAUCUAUACCAGGUUUUGGUUUCUCCGAAUCUCCUCAUCGAAAAGGUUUGAAUGCUCGUGCUGCUGCUAGAAUUUUCAUUUCUUUAAUGGAAAGAAUUGGUUACUCAAAGUUUUAUGUUCAGGGCGGUGAUUGGGGCUCUUGCAUUGCUUCUCUAAUGGCGAGAUACUACCCUGAAAGGAUCAUUGGAUUGCAUGUGAAUAUGUAUUUGUUUAACAUGCUUUCUCUCGAAAAGCUAAAUUUUGUUCUGCUCUUUGUUUUUCCCUUCCUGAUGAGUCGUGAGGAAUACAAACUCCUUUUUCCAUUAAAGAAAACAUUGCGCUUCUUUUUAGGGGAAACUGGUUACUUUCACAUGAAUGCUACUAAACCUGAUACACUUGGUUGUGGCAUGUCGGAUAGCCCGAUAGGAGCGGCCGCUUACUUAUUGGAGAAGUUUUCUGUUGCAACAAAUGCAGAGAAUUUGGAUUUGCCUGAUGGUGGCCUGACUCAGAAAUUUUCUCUCGAUGAACUUCUUACGCUAGUCAUGAUCUAUUGGGUUAACAACAAUUUCACUUCUGCUGCAAGAUUUUACAAAGAAAAUGUACCUGAAAUGUUUAAAGUGAUACAUGAAAAAGUACCAGUGACUGUUCCAAGUGCUGUCGCCCAUUUCCCUAAUGAAGGAUUAAUGCUUCCAAAGCUGUUGAUGUCCCAACAGAUGAAAAAUCUACUCUUCUAUACCCACAUGCCUAAAGGAGGUCACUUCGCUGCCAUGGAAGAACCAGAAAUCUUUGCAAAGGAUGUCUGGAGAUUUGUGGAAGCAGUGGAAAAAUCAUAAUUUUAUAUCACUUAAUGCAACAAUCAAUGUCGCCAUUUCCGUAAAGAAAAAAAUCUGAGAUGAAUAGCAAAUGGGUGUUGUUUCAAGAAGAAAAAACACUCAGAAUAGGAUAUGAUGGAAGAAAAAUUCAUUUCAUCUAACAGUUUACUAUGUCAUCAACGGAAAAUAUUUUAUCUGGAAAUUUUGAAACUUAGUUUCCAUCAGCCUCAAAAUGGGUUGUUUCUUGCAUUAAGUCACAAAUCUAUUUAAAUUUUAUAAGACUGGUGAUUCCUAUUGUAUACUUAUGUUGAAUAUGUUACUGAGUAUUAUUUUUGUAAGGCUUGCUACUUAUUAUAUUCAUAUUUAUAAUUGUAUUUUUCUAUUAAAAUAAA